ACUUUAUCCACCACCCAUAUUCACCGUCGUCGUCGUCUUCAACCUCCACCACUGUCGAAGCUCGAUUUCCAGCAUAUGGGAAAAAGGCGAGGCAACAAGUUGAGCAAAAGAGGCCUAACUAGAGACCAUGAUGGUAGGAUUAGGAAGAUAUAUAAGAGUUUUACAUUGAAAAAGAAAAAAUCUCUGAGGCGAAUCUUCCUUCCCUGAGACUAACUGAGCUUACCAGUGGCAAUUGUGCUUCCAAUCGAGCUACUAGCUAGAGAGAGGCUACGACCAAAGCACAAAGAGAAUGACAGUUGGGGGUUCCUUUUCUGGAUUUAUCUUUAUGUGUAAUGGGAAGACUAAACCCGAAUGUUACCGGAAUCGCGUUUUUGGAAUGCCACUGGCGAAAGAAGAUGUUGUAAAGACAGUUAAAAAGGGUACACAUCUGUUUUUGUAUGACUUUGACUUGAAGCUCCUUUAUGGCACGUACCAGGCGACUUCAGAUGGAGCAUUAGAUUUGGAGCCAGUUGCAUUACAGGGAAAAUUUCGCGCACAGGUCAGGUUUAAGAUUUCCAAGGAUUGUUUGCCGCUUCAUGAAAGCUCUUUUAAAACAGCCAUAAGGGACAAUUACCAGGGUGGUAAGUUUAAACAAGAGCUGAAUAACAAACAGGUCCGUGCUCUAAUCUCAUUGUUCCGCCCAAUUGCGUCAGUUUCUGCUGCCCAUCACCGAGAUGUGGUUGUGCCAUAUCCACAUUAUGAUAAAUAUGAUGCGGAAGCACGUAUUGCACAUGUUCAGCCUCUCAUAGAGCCUCGGCAUGAUAUUAAGUACCCUGCAGACUUAAAUUAUCUAACAGCGGCCCCUGAGCCAUACGUUCCUGAAGAACCAUUGUGCUCUCAUGAUACAUAUAGAAGGUAUGCAAUCACACAUGGGCAGGAUAUUGUUCCUGGUAUCCAAAUUGUUUCAUAUGGAGAUGUGUAUCUCUUGUCACAAUUGCUGAAGGAGAGAGAAAGAUACAUUGUUUCCCAUUGCGAUUAUAUUGCUGAAACUUAUAGUCGACACUUGCCAACUCUUGCAGCCUCACAGUUUAGGUCACAGUCAUCAUCUUAUGGGUUACCCUCAACUUACCAACCAAAUUAUCAAGCAACGACCCAACUGGAUCAGAACCAGGUUGAUCAUGAUCCUUUUCAGAGACCAUUGUAUAGAAGCUCUUAUGUGACAGAUGCGCCAAUCUAUUCUCGCUUAUCUUCCACUGGAGCUACCCGCUACUACUGAAUGAAACUUGAAUUUGCAAACAUUCUCACUGGCUUGAAGGAACCAAUCAAGUUAGAAGAAUCUGCCUCAGCUAGUCGCUUGCUAGAAUUACUGCAGACUGGUGCACGUAGGAAACUUGGUAGAUACAUAACUUGACCACUUCUGCAGGAUAGAUUUACCUUAUGUGUUCUUGUACAUAUUUCUUGGUAAUCUGAUAUCAAACUUUCUUGAAGACUUGAUGAACUAUGUGACUGAGGUCUGUGUACUCAUGCCACCCAAUUUAGUUUGGGCCUAGAAGAUGGGUUUAGCUGUUCGAUUUCAAUCUUAA